CAGAACAAGAAUUAAAUACAAAGGAAAAUAAAACAUGAAGUUCUUAAAAUUAUUGCUGACUUUCCUUUAUGGAUUGAUUAUGACGUGCCCUGAGGUUUUGACCACUGAACCGAAAUACAUGCCGAAGGAGAGUGAUAAGCAGGUGACAGAAACCAACUCGAUCGAGAUCAACGAAUGCCCCAUUGAAGAUGAAUUGGAAACUAUUGGUCGGCCAUUAAAGUACCAAAACGAUAAUAUGAAGAACGAGGUGCUACUGUGGUUUCGGAAUUUGGCUGUACUUCGUGACCUGAAACAUCGCCGAAGGGACAUCAUUAGGGAAAAGGAAGAAAAGGAAUAUAGAAGGAGACUAGCUAACGUGGUAGCCAAACCGUUUCAAUUCGUGCCACCGGAAGAUGAAGGCAAUGACAUUAAUCGCAUCAGGGGUAUAGAAAGUCUAGAGUCCCUGAUGGAUAAUCGUUCGGAUCUCAAGAUAAACUACAAUGUUCAUUUACACCUUGAUAUUUUCCAAGCGCGUAAUGAAACACGAAAUCUUAACGUUUGA